ACGUCGCAUUGAGUUGCAUCAUGGUUUUUAAUCAGAGCUCACACCGGCCAGGCUACACAGAGCUGCCUCGGUUAGUAGGUACAGUGCGCUGUUUAUCAUAAAAAUGGAAGACCUUUCACGUCAAGAAAAGGCGUCAUUCCGGUGAUAUGCGUCUGAAUAACUGAUUUUUCAUCUCCACGUCAAUUGACACAUCUGGGAAAGCGGUUUUUCUCCUUCCAUUCCUUCUACCAAGACAGCUGUGUCAUCAACAACCGGCGUGGUGUUGUUGUUGUCUGAUUUUUUACGAGCCCGGGCUUCUGGAUACCAUCGGCAUAGUCUGCCUCUGCGCCAGCCAUAGGCUACCCGGUUACUAAGGUGACUUUGAGGAGGCUGCCUGUGACAUACGUCCCUGCUUCUAUACCAUGAGCUCUGGCUCUGCCCAGGAUGUGGCAGUCGAGCAUUUCCUGCGUGACAUAGAGCGGCGGAGCAAGCGGCUACACUGCGCUGUGAUAGGCUGCGAGGAGGAGCGACCCCGCAGCGACAUGAACCUGCUGUAUCGUAAGAGCCGUUUGGACUGGAGGCAGAAAGACCAGGAGGGAAGUAAAAAGAGCUCGACCCAAAAUGACCCCUCAGCCACCGUCGGAAAAGUUCGAGACUUGGCUUCUUUCCGGCGCCAUUUCCGGAUGGGUUUCAUGACCAUGCCGGCCUCACAGGACCUGUCACCUCACUCUUGUGCCUCUGCUAUGGCGCCACGCUCGCAAUCCUGCCACGCUGUCGGCGCCGGGGAUACGAGCCUGGAGAAUGGAGAUUACUCUGACACCCAAUCACAACACGGCGGCCGAUGCCCCCCAGCCAAACCCAAACGCCACCCCAGCACUCGCCUCAGCUCUUCAUCGGCUGAUGGCAGAGGAGUCCCAGAGACACCGCCGCCAUCUUCUUCGUCUCACUCACAGGGGAAACACUCAGAGAAGAAAAACGCCAUGAAGAAGUCUGAUUCUGGGGACAUGAGCUCGAAGAAGGUGCCUCCAUUAAAGCCCAAGAGAAGUCCAAGCACCCAGCUUACCUUCGACCCUCUCCCUCCACGUGUGCCUGGUGCCGCCACAUCCCUGCCUUUCCAGGGUGCGGAGUCCCAUAUCCAGAUUGGAGACGGGGACGAUGAGCCGGUGUAUAUAGAGAUGGUGGGCCAAGUGUUCACCAGAGACAGCCAGACAGCCACCCCCCACCCUGUCACGCCUGUGGCAACAACGCCAGACUCUGACUCAGAUCAGAGCGAGGCCAUUUAUGAGGAGAUGAAAUAUCCGCUGCAGGAGGACAGAGACUCCCAGAGACACCUCCCUCCCAAACACGAGAAAAUGAAAUCCUCAAAACACUUUCAUGUCACCCCUUCCGCCUCCAGCAGCUCCUCCUCUCUGCCUCGCCCUUCCUCUUCCUCUCCUUCCUACUCCAAACCCAAAGCCACGGUCUCUAUCUCCCAUUCGUCUCCUUUGCCUUCAUCAGCAUCUUCGACCCCCAUCCCACAGGUGCUCUCCACCAGUCCGCACACCCCCAGAGCUCCGACUCCCUACCUGCUGCAAGGGAAUAAAUCUGAGCCAGAGUCUAAUACAAAAAUCCCCGCCCCAUUCCCCAAUCUUCUUCAGCAUCGCCCUCCUUUGCUUGCCUUCCCUCAGCCCGCAGCAGCCUCCAGCGGCGUCGGCGUCCAAAACAAGUCGUCAUCUUCUGCCAAAACGCAAACAUCCAGUGGGACGACUCAAGCCAGUACCUCCUCUUCGACUUCAUCUUCUAACAUCCCCACCUCCAAGGAUUCUUCAGGAAGUGCAAGCCAGCAGGAUAAACACAGCAGAGAUGCCCAGUUAGGCCCCGCACCCGGUCUGAGAGCAAGGAGUCACUCCACGCCUCUGCCUCCUUCCUCCAAAUCCACCUCCCCUUACUCCCAUCACCACCACCACCCUCACCAUCGACCCUCCCACUACCACCACUACCGUAAGCCAGACAGAGGGGACUCCCCUGUCCCGAACAAGAGCAGCUCACAGACGUCAAACCAGGCCACUGCUCAGACGCAGACAUCGAGUACGGGCAGGGAGGGCAAGUCGGUUAGCUUCUUGUUGAAGUCAGAUAAGGGGGAGAGGGAGAAAGACAGAGACAGAGAGCGAGACAAGGAUAGGGAAAAGGACAGGGACAGGGAAAGGGUUAGAGACAGGGAAAGAGAGAAAGAAAAAGACAAGGAGAGAGAAAGAGAGAAAGACAGGGACAGAGAGAGAGACAGAGACCGUGAUGGUGGUCCAUACUCUCUCCCGCUCGAGCACACUCACUCUUCGAAUUCUCAAAGCGGCACCAGCUCCACCCCUACGCCUUCAUCGUCCUCCCAGCGUCCUCAUUCCCGCCCUCACCUUCGCUCUCACACGCCUCAUGGCCUCCCGGCGUACAAGCCCCCCUCCUCGGACAGCCCCCUGCUGUGGACCUACCCAUCCGGUGGCUUUCGGAGACCGCCGGCUUACGAGAGCCUGAGAGGAAGCUCUCACACGCCAUCCCUGCAACAGCCCUCUAGUCUGACUGGCGUUGGUGAGGGGACGUCCAAGAGUAACGGGGGAUCUGGGUCACUUCAGUCAAAAGCUGGCUUCAUGCCUUGGGACAGCAGUGCUAGCUUAGCCGCGGAUGAUGGGACUUACUGGCCGAUGCAGAGGAAACUGUCUUUCAGCCAUGGAAGCAGGGAGGCGGAGAAGGAUGAAGGCCGUGCGUGGAACGGCAGCGCAGAUGCUCUAUUAAGAAUGGAUAAAGAGGACCUCGGCAUGGGGUCCCGAGGAGGACACUCAGGCAUCCCUGUCCACUUCAGUGGUGCCACCAGCAGGGCUCUGGGUCACACCGAGUCCCUGGCCGGUGUGGACAGCAGCCCCGGGUUCAGAGCGCUCCCCAGAAUGGGUCUGCCUCUUCCCUGCCAGACUUUCCCCGCCUGUCGAAAUGGAGAAGUGGGGCGGCUGGGCCGCUCCUCCUCUGCUGCUGGAGUGAGACAGGUGGGUGGAGGAGACGUCCAGAGACAGAGCAGCCUACCAGCACGAGAAGCCCUGAAUCAGCUGCAUGGUUUGGCCCAGUCACAAGCGCCCUGCAGUCCCAGCAGCCCCAGCGUGUCCCGGCAGCAGCAGCAGCUCCAGCUUCACCAGCAGCAGCUCCAGUUGAAGCAGCAGCUCCAGCAGCUUCAGCAACAGCACCACCUACAGCUGCAGUUCCAGCAGCUCGCCCAGCUGGCACAGGGACAGCCUCCUGUCGGCGGGGGCACCACCCCGUCUGCAUCACAGACCCAGAGAGACGGCAAGCUGUUGGAAGUCAUCGAGCGUAAACGCUGCCUGUGCAAAGAGAUCAAAGCCCACAGGCGACCCGACAAAAGCCUGUGCAAGCAGGACAGCAUGCCCAUCCUCCCGAGCUGGAGACGGACACCUGAACCUCGCAAGACUGGCACGCCACCCUGCCAGAGGCCACAGGCAGUCGUGUGGGACACGGCUAUCUGAAGAGGAGGGACGGGAUGACGAAUAUACAGCAUUAAAGAGAGAAAUAAACACACAGAGGAGAUGAUGGUUGAGCAGCUACAAGCAAAUAAGAAGAGUAGAGAUGGGCUGAGCUCUAAUGCUCUUAUUGUGUGAUAAACUGAUCAGAGCACAGUAACAAAGGUCAUCAGAGACUUUGAACUUGUUUGGGAAUAAAAAAUAAAAACAGGUUGUUAAAGAAGUGGAAGAGGUGUAACAAUCAGACUAAAAUAAUCUCUUAUCUGGGUGAUUUGUACUUGCUCUGUCCUUUUCAGUGUGUUCUAAUUGCCAAUGAUUUUUUGCCACAAACGCCAGUAUUGUUGCUACAAAACAAAAAUGCCAACAUAACAAUAAUGGGUGGGAUGUUUUCAGAGAUUGGUGUUGCCAAAUUUCCUCCUGACUACUUGAGACUUAAAGGAAAUCAUGUAUUUUUCUCCGACACGCAUAGAAACUACUCUGUGAUUGAGAAAAGGCGAGACUCGUUGCUAAGUUAUCGAAGUGUUUCUUGAAAUUGUGAAUGCAUUAUGAGAUGUCUUGGUAUCAGUAGAUUGUCAUUGUGGAUGCAAAUAAUCAUCACUGAGGAGUAAAAGCUACCUACUGUAUCUGUUUGCAUAUUUGUAAUGUAAAUCUAUUUACUUUCUCAACGUUUCUGCAAUUUUAUAGCAAUAUGCUCCCGACAGCAGAGCAACAUAAUCAAAACUUGUGUCGACUAGCCUAACAUACAUAUCUAAGACUUGAAGAAGUCAUAUUUACUGUGUCAUUCUCUGCAUGUCACAAUAGACAUUCAGUAUUGUAAAAGAAUAUGUGUAGAGAUGAUCAUGUGCGACUUUUACAUACAGCAGAUCUUCACCAUGUGGUUGUAUAAAAACAACAAAUAUAUCGCUAAUAAAAGGUGGUGUGACAGGUCCAGCCAAAUCCAGAUCAAAUCAAUGGUACAAAAAACAUCAUCGCUCAUGCUUUUCCACAGUUGCACAUUAGUGAUUGUUCCACCACACAGAAAACAAGCACUGACACCCAUCAACACAGACUGUACAACAUGGUGCAACUGAUGAGACUGUGAGUAUUGAUCACCUCAAACAGAAUGCUGGAACAAUCUGCACAAAAACAUGGUAUUCGUUUAGGAGAAAGUAAACCCUAAUGUACUGUAAAUAGAUAUGUACAACUGUAUUGAAAAUGUAGCAAUUAUUUCCAUUUUUCAUACUUGUAAUCAAUACAUAUUAUGUAGCAUAUACUGUAUAAACAUAACUUUGUUCACUUGUUUUUUCUAAAAGAAUUAAGUACUUUAUCUGCUGCAGCCAGUCCAUGCAUUACUUAUAGUUCUACUAAUAAACGGUAAGCCCUCUAAAGAAAGGCACAGGCCAACAGUUGUUUAUUUGAAUUUAUGCAAGACUCCCUUUAAGCUGUGUUAUUCUUUUAUUUAUGCCUUUUUUAUGACAUACAUUUUUAUUUGUGUACAGAUUACAACAGCUCCUCGUCUUGACAUUUUGACUACUUUGCUGCUAUCUUGAACUACUGGUGUUGUUCAUUGGACCACAUGGCGUCACCAUGUGAAACAUUAUCAAUAUAGUGGUUAUUGUUACAUAUUUGUUUUCUUUCUGAAAGCCACGUGAACUGAAGUUUGUACCUUGAAGAGUGAGCCCUUCUGUAAUAGUAUUAAGGCACUUGAAUGUCUCUUGGUUGUUGUUGUUUUUUAAUGAUAAUGAUAGUUAGCACCAAGCUGUACAGUUACAGUACACCCUGUGAGAAGACGACCUAUCUAAAUGUUUGAGAGUCACUGCUCGGCCAUACUUUUUUUUUGGUUUGUUUUGUUUUAGUCCCACCUGCUCGUGUUUGAGGGUCGAGGUUUUUUUCCAGCGUCCAUUUUCAAACAAACACAGGUCAGGGUGAAGGAAAUGGGCGAGUGCAAUGCAUGCAGAGAUUCCUUACACUGAAAAUGUUCCUAUGAUGCUGACUAUUGUGCCCGAUUUUAAUUUUCAG